AUGGCUGAGAAACCUGCUCGUCGUACUCUCAAGUUGACCAACUUGCCGCCCAAGGGCGAAAUCAAGACGGGCCCACGUACUCCGUCACGUAUCGACCCCAAUAACCCCCCUUGGCCUGCAUACCGUGGGUACCAUGAAUACUCGUUUGCUCAUGCCACAAUGGGAGUCCGGCUGCCCACUAUCCUGGGCAAAGCUAUCGACGAUGUCUGGCGCACAGUCAACGAGACUUCCGAGGAAGAUCAAAUCGUCGAUCUCGUUGACUGUGUCGAGCGUAUGGACGUGUUGAUGACUGAUCUCAGCCAGAACAACAAACUGAGGUUUAUCAUUGACGACGGCGAGGGUGACAUUCCGCUCUGGAACAAGGAAAUCGCCAAGUACUUCCAGGGCAAGGAUUUCAUGACGGCCCCCUGGCUAUUUGCUGAGGCGUAUAAAUACCGCCGUCUACACGAAUGCUUCAGUAUCUCCAAGUACUGGAAGGACUAUGACGUAUUCUUCCGUCAAAAAUGCGACACCUUUUCGCGUUCCUCCCAAGCCGUCUUUGAGCUCUCUACCCGCUUCGCUACGCCUUUCAGCAUCCCUGAUGCCAGCAAAGAGGCCGAGACCGUUCGCCUCAUGUUCCGCGAACUCACUCAAGUCUGUCUCUGGGGUAACUCUACCGAUCUCUCUUUGCUUAUCAACAUGACCGAGGAGGAUAUUAAGAAGCUGCAGUCGACGGGUGGUGACCAUCUCGCUGCGACUGAGAAGAACAUUCUUGGCAAUGACUUGGACAAGCUUUGCGAUACAGUCACGCAACUCAAGGGUGGCCGAAUUGAUUUCGUGCUUGACAAUGCUGGAUUCGAGUUCUUGCCUCCUUAUCCCGUCCUCGCCAUAGCCGACUUCUUGAUUCAAUCUGGUCUUGCCUCUCAAGUCCGCUUCCACGGCAAGCGUUUCGCAUGGUUCGUCUCCGACGUGACCCGCAAGGAUUGGGACUGGCUCUUGAAUUCUUGUGUGUACGGAAACUUGUUCCCCACAGCCACCGAGGAGGAGAAUGCUAGUUUGAAAGAGAUGGGCAAGAGGUGGAAGCAGUACGAGAAGGAGGGCAAGUGGGUGUAUGAGCAGCAUGCUUUCUGGUGCACUGGCUUCACGUUCUGGGAUCUCCACUCCGAGGCACCCGAUCUAUUCCUCCAUCUCUCGAAGUCUGACCUGGUCAUCUUCAAGGGUGAUCUCAACCAUCGCAAAUUGACCUAUGAUUGCCACGCACCCGCCAACACGCCAUUUGAUGAGUCGAUUGGCCCAAUGGCGUCUGCUGCCGGCGCGCCCCGUGUGUGCUCAUUGCGUACAAUCAAGUCCGACGUAGUGGUCGGUCUUGAAUCGAAUGCCAUGGCCGAGAAAUUGGACAAAGAGGAGCCUGGCUGGAAGAUUUCGGGCAAGUAUGCCGUCGUGCUGCUUAGUGAGGGACGACCAGGUGAAAAGGUCAAGUUUGCUUAA